AUGGGGAAGCUCGACAAUGAAGGUGUCCCCGAGGCUGUACCGCUAACUCGACAGCGGUCGGCCUCCGCGGCAUCAAAUGCCUCCUCCGAUUCGGGUCUCUCGGUCGCCUCCGCGGCCUUCCUCGAUGCUUACAAGCACGAGUUCGCGGCCGGGGAAGAUGGAGAUGGAGACGGGGAGGGACAACGAUACCGGGACUUGGAAGAUGGGAAAGAAUCUGGGGUAGACGAGCCUUUCCUCCCGUCUAAGAAGACCAAGUCUUCAUCGGGCCGUCGAUGGUGCCUGUUCGGUGUCCUUGUCUGCGUGGUCAUGGCCAGCGGCUGGAUCGUUGCAUUCGUCUUCUUCCUCGUACAGGGGCGGUCCAAUGCAGCGGCGAUUUCCUCCCCCUCCGCGGUUGAAGUGCAUGAGCCGGACUCUGCAACCGGUGGUACCAGCUAUGGGAAGCCGGUGACACUCGAACAGGUCCUGACGGGGUAUUGGUCACCGCAGUCUCAUGCGAUCGCAUGGACCGCAGGCUCGAAUGGCGAAGAUGGGCUUUUGAUCGAGCAGGGCGAGCACGGGGGCGGAUACCUGCGCAUUGAAGAUAUUCGCAACCGCAAGGCUGGAGGAGCCAAGGUCUCUGAUGCUAAAGUCCUAAUGAAAGAGUCACAUUUCUGGGUGGGCACCACCUUCGUCAUGGCGUCCAAGAUUUGGGUGAGUCCCAACCACGAGAAGGUUCUGGUUCUGUCUGAUUAUGCGUCGAAUUGGCGGCACUCGUAUUAUGGAAAUUACUGGAUCUUUGAUGUCGCAACUCAAACAGCUGAGGCCUUGGACCCCGACAAUCACACCGGUCGCAUCCAGUUGGCCUGGUGGUCGCCCGAGUCUGAUGCAGUUGUAUUUGUCUGGGAGAACAAUGUGUAUCUGCGCGACCUGUCCUCGUCCAAGGCGAUUCCCGUCACGACGGAUGGUGGUAAGGAGGUGUUCAACGGUGUUCCGGAUUGGGUGUAUGAAGAGGAGGUUCUGUCUGGCAAUGGAGCCACCUGGUGGUCGUUGGAUGGCAAGUUCCUUGCGAUGUUGCGCACCAACGAAACCGACGUCCCCGAGUAUCCCGUUCAGUAUUUCCUCCACCGUCCAUCAGGUACUCAACCUGAAGCCGGCCUGGAGAAUUAUCCCGAGGUGCGCCAGAUCAAAUAUCCCAAGGCCGGCACUCCUAAUCCCAUCGUCAACCUUCGGUUCUAUGACGUGGAGAAGCACGAGCUCUUCUCCAUCGAGAUGCCGGAAGACUUUGAGGAUGACGAUCGAAUCAUCAUCGAAGUCGUCUGGGCACCUGAGCAGAAGGUUCUGAUCCGCGAGACGAACCGUGAAAGUGACGUUGUUAAGAUAUUCUUGGUUGAUGCCAAAGCUCGAACUGCAAAGCUCGUUCGCUCGACUGACAUUGCUGCUUUGGACGGUGGCUGGGUUGAGCCCUCUCAGUCGACAUGGAUUAUUCCAGCCGAUCCCAGCAGUGGCCGACCAGAGGCCGGCUACAUUGAUACCGUGAUUCAUGAGGGUUACGAUCAUCUUGCGUAUUUCUCCCCACUGGACAGCUCCGAGCCAGUGAUGCUCACCUCGGGCAAGUGGGAAGUAGUCCAGGCGCCAACCUCAGUUGACUUGAAGAAUAACUUGGUCUAUUUCGUUGCGACCAAGGAGGGACCAACACAGCGACACGUAUAUCAGGUCAAACUUGAUGGCUCUGAUCUUCGCGCUUUGACCGAUACGUCGAAGCCUGGCUACUACGGCGUCUCCUUCUCCGACGGUGCUGGAUAUGCGCUCCUGAGCUACAAGGGACCCGCAGUUCCCUGGCAAGCCGUGGUCAGUACCCAAGACAGCGUUAUGAAGAAGGAGAUUGUCAUCGAGGAGAAUAAACAGCUUGCCGAGAAGGUCGAAGACUUCGCGCUUCCAGCAGAGGUAUACAGCACGGUGACUAUCGAUGGGUACGAACUCCAAGUGGUCGAACGGCGACCACCACACUUCAACCCGAAGAAGAAGUAUCCGGUGCUCUUCCAUCUGUACGGCGGACCUGGCUCCCAAACAGUCGACCGAAAGUUCCUGGUCGACUUCCAAUCCUACGUGGCCUCUAGCUUGGGGUAUAUUGUGGUCACGGUGGACGGUCGCGGAACAGGCUUCAUCGGUCGCGAGGCUCGGUGCAUCGUUCGCGACAACCUGGGAUACUAUGAGGCGCGGGAUCAAAUCGAAACCGGCAAGAUCUGGGCCCAGAAACCUUAUGUAGAUGAAUCUCGACUGGCCAUCUGGGGUUGGAGUUUCGGUGGUUUCAUGACCCUGAAGGUCCUCGAGCAGGAUGCAGGCGAGACCUUCCAGUAUGGUAUGGCCGUAGCCCCUGUGACGGAUUGGAGAUUCUACGACUCCAUCUACACCGAGCGUUAUAUGCACCGCCCCCAGAACAACCCCGAGGGCUAUGACAAUUCAACAAUCAGCGACGUCGCAGCAAUGGGCGAGAAUACCCGAUUCCUGAUCAUGCAUGGUGUGGCAGAUGACAACGUCCACUACCAGAAUACGCUCACUCUGCUCGACAAGCUGAACUUGCAAAACAUCGACAACUGGGACAUGGUGAUGUACCCAGAUUCGGAUCACAGUAUCUUUUUCCACAAUGCACACCGCGUCGUCUAUGAGCGCUUGUCGAGCUGGCUCAUCAAUGCGUUCAAUGGCGAGUGGCACCGCAUUGCGCAUCCAAAGCCUGUGGAGUCAUCCUGGAAGCGGGCCAAGCGAUUUGUCACUAGAAGACUAUCCUUCACACUGUGA